CAUACUCCAUGGGGUACUGUCAUUUCGAGGCCUUGACAGUUACUGACUACAUAUAUGCUUGUGUUAACUGCGGUUACCAUCCCCCUGUGGUUAUUAUGGAUUUGCACAAGAAGGGUGUUUUUAGCAUGUCAGUGAGUGACCUCAAAGAGCCUCCACCUGAGUUUAGAGGGGAAGUUGACAUUGAGGAUUUCUGGAAAUCAGUCAAUCUUGAGAUGAUUGGUCGAGGAUUUGUUCCCAGCCGGACCAAAAAUCCAUUUGCUGUGCAACCUAGUUAUUCAAGGUGGGCUCCAUGGAUAGGACACAAAACUAGGAUGGAUCACACUGUACUGAACACAGAAUUUGCAAAAGUUGCAACAGCAAAGGUCACGUCAGCUGAAGCGCAAAUGAUGAAUGUGUCAGAAGACCGUCUCGUGGAUGAGCUGAUGAAGCAGAAGGUUGGUGUUGUCAGAAAACUCUGCAAGGCCUGCAAUAUUGACUCUAAAGGUUCUUGCAUGGAUCUCAUUUCAAGAUUGCGAGCAGAGAUGCAGAACAGACAGUCCUAUGACAAAAUGUUCCAGAAAAUUUGGGGAGCGUCAGGUGGUUGGUCAGUCAUCCUAUGCCCACAUGGUGUGGUGUAUAGCAUAAAGUUUAAUUUGAGAGCAGAGAGUCCCAGAGAUUUUGCGCACCUGCUGUUGUCAUGGAAGCACAUUCCUAAUGUUAGUAUAUAUGAUUUUGCACGAGGCUUGGCCACGCAUGGCAAUUUGCGUGUACCUACAGAUAUCCCGUUUCAUCCACAUGAAGGGAGACUUGCUGAGCCAACACCAGAAAGUAUCAGUUCAGCAAAGCAGGGCAAACUGAAGGUGUCUCUUCCUUGGCUGUUUGAGAAAACAGACAAUUCAAGUUCCAAAGGCCAUCCCAUAACUGGAUCAUCCGAGCACUACGUGUUGUAUGACAAAUUACAUGAAUCAAACACGAAAGACCCCCAGGAUGUACUCAGAAGAAUUAGCCUGGUCCCAGAGCUACAGGGUUGGCUGAAUAGUCAAAUUGCAGAGCAGUUUUUUGCAAGCUUGCGAAAAAACAACUAUUUCCUCAACAACAUGGCACCUUCAACGCACAUCUUCAUUAUGCGCAACAUUGUUCAUCACAAGAACACUUCCACAAACCAAAAGCUUCUGGAAGUACAGCUGCAACGUGGUCACAGACCUCAUGGUCUUGAAAAUAUCACCCUUUCUGACUUAGGACAAGCAAUUCUAGCCCAACAAGCCAGUGACAGAGAAACUGUUCAGCACCAUCCACAUCAGUUAAACCAGAAAGACUUUGAAAACUGUGGACCUCAAUGUGAAGUAUUCACUAAGUGUGAAAAUAUUGCAGCUUGUCGAGUGUCAUGGACUUUGGGAAGUCAUCCAGCUCAAAAAGAACUACUCAACUAUAUACUGGACAUUGAGAGACCAGGAAAUGAACUGAUUGUUCGAACCGCGAACACAGUCUUAACCCGUGCUGACUUUUGGACAUUGGGCUUGAACAGAGACAUGGAGUCCACUAUUGGAAAUAGUUGUUUUCAGUUGAUUGAAAGCAUUGCACAGUCAAAGGGCAAGAACAUUUACAUAGUUGACCUUUAUGUUGUACCAACAUGGCUGCCACCAAACAACUGUGAUCCAUUUUUGAGUCUGCCUGAUGAUGCUCACUUAAAAGACGCACUUGUGAUUCCAGUUUGGACACCAGGACACUACCAGUUGUGUGUACGUAUUCACACUGCAUUUGAGUGAUUAAAAAAAUGUGUUUUCUGUUUAUGACCAUAGUGCUUUGAUUUCAGUGUAUGCAAAACUGCAGUAAGUACCAAAUAGAUGUAAAUGUACACAUUUUAAAAUAACUUUUAAUGUGUUUUCAAUGUUUUUUUUUUUUUUUUUUUUGUCAAAUGUGAAAAUAGAAAAUGGCAGAUUGUGUUGUUUUUAAUGUAAUUAAGAAAAAUCAAUACUGUACAUUUUCUUUAGGUUUUGAAGCCAGUCCAGAAAGAAAUUCUCUUUUUUAGACUCUAAAUGCUAUGAGACACCACUUGGAUUUGGUGCCCAGAGAUACAAAGCUCUGUUGAGGUCUUUAGAUGAAUUUAUAUAAAAUGCGCGUUGCGCUUUUGUUCAGAAAUGGUCACGUUCAUAUGAACUGUCUCUACGUGGCAAGAUCAUCUUUUUUCAGAGAUUGUUCAGUUGUUGCUGUUUUCUUAAUUUCAUGAAGGUUUGUACUUGUUCUAAUAUAUUUCAGGUUUCUCAGACCUUUUUUGCAUCCGGAAUGACCUUUUAGAUUUAAACACCUUGUGUCAUUGUGAAGCUUAUGAUCUGAGAAAUCUAUAUGAA